AUGAUUGAUUUCUACAAAUUGAAGGUAUGGUUAAUGUGGCCGCAAGUGCGUGUACAUCUCUGCACUCUGGCCAUUGCGUUCAGUUUGAACAGCACGUGGCGCAUUCCUCGCGAUGGCUUUCGUUUUGGUGGUGUCGCCUAUGGACUGGUCUUCACAAUGGCUAUGCUUUUAGUAGCUUUACCAGCUGUCAUACUACAGUUGGCCGUUGGACAACUAAGCCAACAGGACGCCGUUGGGGUAUGGAGAGCAGUGCCUUUCUUUAAAGGUAUUGGAUACAUAAGACUCCUAAUUAAUUACGUUGGUGCUCUUUGUGCGAUUAUUUACUUGGCAGUGUCAGCUACGAUUUUUAUGUUCACACUAAAUAAUUCAAUACCAUUUAGUGAUUGUGUAGACCUUGUGGACAAUGGUGGGCAACAGUUGGAAGUAAUCCAAAAUGCUACGUUGUGCUUCAAUCAGACGUUCUUUGCACCGAUUAGCGAAAAGCCAGAAUAUUACAUCGCAUUAGUAUUAGUAAUUGUUUUUCUUUGGAUACUCUUUCCUUUUCUACUAUACAAUCCAGUUAAAUAUAUGAAGCGAAUUUUCUACAUACUGGGACCAGUCUUACCAUUAUUGUGGAUUAUCAUAGCGUGUUGCAUCGGAGAUAAGGCUAGAUUGGCUUAUUUAAGCAAGCAAGGGGAUUGGGCGAAUUUUUUGAGACCCGAGAUAUGGAAUAUUGCUAUUUCUCGAGCAUUGUUAACAGCCCAAAUCGCUGGAGGCUACUUAAUAUCCUCUGGGGAUUCAAUAUAUGCGAAUUCAGACGUGGAAUGGACACCGAUUUCAUUCGUCGGUACAAAUAUUGUGACAGUUUGGUUAGCUCUUAUUGUAUGGUUUGCUCUCGGAAGUAAAGAGAAUGACUCUUCAGCUUUUGCUGUAAUCGCUCAAACCUACAAUAUCACUGUAGUUGAAAAUCUAAGGGCCGUUUGGCCCCUUCUUAUUUUUGCGACAUUGUUUUUAUCAGGAAUCAUUAGCAUGAUAUCCUUGCUAUAUCCAAUUUAUGAUCGCUUACGACGAAUCGGUGGAUAUAGAUGGAGAUACAUAUCAAUAUGCAGUUCAUUAGUUGGUUCCGGAAUGACUGCCGGUAUUUUGAUCGAUAACUCUAUGUUAACUAUGAUGGAAGACACUGUACUCCCGUUCCUCGUCAACUUUGCUACUAUUAUUGAAAUAUUAGCUUUUGUUUUCAUAUAUGGUUGGAAAGUACUUUUAGAAGAUGUCGAAUUUUUGGCUGGCAGAGAAUUGAUGAAGUUUUGGGUGUGGGGCUGGUGGGCUGCACCCGGAAUUAUUGUUCCAUUUUUAAUUUGGUGGUACAUCGACAGGUUUUUCGACGAUCCUAUGUGGAGCCAGCCACCCUGGGACUCUUAUUCACUUGUUGUAGCGACCUCAAUAUUUGCUCUUAUUUUUAUAAUAUUUGCAAUAUUUUCCGUUGCCAGACAAGUGCAGUAUGAUAUUGUUGGGAAGUUAAAAUCAUCAUUUAGACCCUCGCGGCAUUGGGGGCCAAGAGACCCCAUAGCUCACUAUUAUUGGCUAGCGAGGCGUGAACAGCUGGAUUACCAAGGGCCCCGCUCUCGGUAUCGCAGAAGGCAGUUAGGACAGUUUUCGGGAACUUCAAGUAUCUUAACUAUUUCUAAAAUACAAGAACUCAGUAGCGGCGAAUCGGCUGAAGUGAAAAGACGUUCCAACUCAGACGAUUGGUUGUACAGUUAUAGAAAGGAUUAUCUGUCAGAAAUGUUUGAUAUUCAUUACCCAAACAAAAGGCGAUCAAAGUCUUUAGACUGGGCGGUUUCGCACAUAAUGCCGAAUGAAGGAUACAAGAAGCAUAAAAAUACGAUAAGUUGCGAUACCACUCCCAGUGAUUCCUAUGUUACCGUUGAAAAUGUUCCAGCCAAUACUUAGAAGACCUAAAUGAAAGACAUACAUAUUAUUUUUCUCUUUUUAAUUUCAAUAUUGUGAAUGUCUAGUCACGAUUAUUAUGAAGUAAAUGUUUUA